AGAAAAGCAACUUGACAGUGGAUGCAGUGAAGCUGCAUAAUGAGUUGCAGUCAGGGUCGCUGCGGCUGGAGCAGACAAGUGACAGCACUAAGCUCCCUGUGGAGGAGGAGGAUGCUGUGGAGGCUGCCACAGAGAAGUCCUCGGGCACCUUCCUGAGCGGCCUGAGCGACUGCACCAACAUCACAUUCAGCAAGGUGCAGCGCUUCUGGGAGUCCAACUCCGCUGCUCACAAAGAGAUCUGCGCCGUGCUGGCGGCUGUGACGGAGGUGAUCCGCUCACGGGGGGGCAAGGAGAGCGAGACGGAGUACUUUGCUGCACUGAUGACAACACUGGAGGCAGUGGAGUCUCCGGAGUCGCUCUCUGCUGUUGCCUACCUGCUUAACCUUGUUCUUAAGAGGGUCCCAAGCCCCGUGCUUAUUAAAAAGUUUUCAGAUGCCUCAAAAGCCUUCAUGAAUAUUGUGUCCUCACAGGCCUGCAGCAGCUCUACCUCUGCUCUUCGAUGGGUUCUCUCUUGCCUGGCCACGCUGCUGCGGAAGCAGGACUUGGCAGCCUGGAGCUACCCUGUCACCCUCCAGGUCUAUCAUGGCUUGCUGAGCUUCUGUGUUCAUACCAAGCCCAAGGUGCGGAAAGCAGCACAGUAUGGUGUGUGCUCUGUUCUGAAGGGCACCGAGUUCAUGUUUGGAGAUGCAGCCCCUGAGCAUCACCCUGCAGCACCUUCCACCGCCAAGUUUUGUGUACAGGAGAUUGAAAAAGCUGGAGGGGCCAAGGAGGCCACCACCACCCUGCAUGUCCUUGCCCUGCUGCGGAAUGUGUUGCCCUGCUUCCCUGCAGCUGUGGUGAAGACCUGUUGUGAGACCUUGCUCCGAGUCAUGACCCUCAGCCACGUGCUGGUGACAGCUUGUGCCAUGCAAGCCUUCCACAGUCUGUUCAGCGCCCAGGCCAGCGUGGCCUGCCUGCCAGCUGAGCUCAAUGCCCAGAUCAUCACCGCCCUCUAUGACUAUGUGCCCAGCACAAGCGACCUGCAGCCGCUGCUGACCUGGCUGUCCACCAUGGAGCAGGCGCACAUCAACCUGGGCAGGCUGCAGAAGGACCUGUGCUGGGCUCACCUGCCACGGCUCUUCUCUGCUGCCAUGAACUGUUUCCUCUCACCACACUCCCAGGUGGUGUCAGCAGCAGCACAGACCCUGGAGACACUAUUGAGUGAGUGCAUUGCUCCCCACAUGGAGGACCUGGGCACUGUCUCUGCAUCUGCCCCAACCCCUGCUGCCUACCUGUGCAAGAUGUUCAGAUCAGUGGAGGAAGGGCUGACAUACCGUUUCCAUGCAGCAUGGGAUGAGGUGCUGCAGGUGCUGGAGGUGUUCUUUGAGACGUGUGGGAAGCAGUGCCAUCCCAUCAUGAGGAAGGCAGUGGGGGCUGCCGUGAGCACCAUGGGCCCUGAGGUGCUGCUGGAAGCUGUGCCCCUGGAGAUAGACGGCAAGGAGGAGACACUGGAGUUCCCCCGCAGCUGGCUCCUGCCUGUGCUGCGGGACUAUGUGCAAGGCGCACGGCUUGGCUUCUUCACCAGCUACUUCUUGCCCUUGGCAGCCGCCCUGAAAAGCAGAGCCCUGGAGUUUACACAGGCUGGGGAGAGCGCGGAGGCCAAGAUCUCUGACCUGGGUGAAGACUGCUGGCCUCUCACCUUUUUCUUUGCCUGUCAGGUCUGGACUCUGUUGCCUGGCUUCUGCACCCACCCCACAGACGUGCUGGGUGCCUUCAAGGGGCUAGCCCGCACCUUGGGCAUGGCUAUCAGCGAGCGCCCAGACCUCCGCCUCACCGUGUGCCAGGCCCUGCGCACCCUCAUCCACAAAGGCUGCGCGACAGACGCAGAGAAGGCAGAAGUGGGUCGCUUUGCCAAAAAUUUUCUGCCCAUCCUGUUCAAUGUGUACAGCCAGGCCGAGGAGGAUGGGGGCAGCAGUGCUCAGCGCCGCUCCGUGCUGGACACUGUCCGUGCUUACCUGACCAUCACAGACCCCCAGAUGGUGUGCGGGUUCCUGGAAAAAGCCAGUGCAAAGCUGACCAGUCCUGAGAGCUCAGAGUUUGCCAGACUCUCCAUCCUGGACCUGGUGGUAGCAAUGGCACCUUACGCUGAUGAGCAGUCCCUGGGCUCCCUGUACCACACCAUCCAGCCUUCCCUCCAGAGCAAAGAACACAGCAUGCAGAAGAAGGCGUACCGUGUGCUAGAGGAGGUGUGUGCUGCUCCCCAUGCUCCCUGCCAGGCCUUUGUCCGCUCCCACCUGCAGGAUCUGCAGACAGUACUGCUGGAUUCACUCAAGAGUGCAGCAUCCCCAGCCAAGAGGCCCCGGCUGAAAUGCCUGUUCCACAUCGUGAAGCAGCUCUCUGCAGAGCAUGAGCCCUUUGUCACUGCCUUGAUUCCAGAGGUCAUCCUAUGCACCAAGGAGGUGUCAGUGGGGGCCCGCAAGAAUGCCUUCAUGCUGCUUGUGGAGAUGGGACAUGCCUUCAUCCGCUUUGGACCCACCCCUGAAGAGGCCAUGCAGCGGUUCCUGGUCCUGAUCUACGUGGGGCUCACUGGCUCCGUCACCAUGAUCAGCUGCACUGUGCUGGCACUGACCCGCCUGUUCUUUGAGUUCAAAGAUCACCUGGAGUUCAGUAUGGUGGAGCAGUUCCUGCAAAACAUCUGCAUGCUGCUGGCCUCCCGCACGCGGGAUGUGGUGAAGGCAGCCCUGGGCUUCCUCAAGGUCACACUGCUUCUGGUGGACACUAAGCUGCUGGGGAAGCAUGUCCAGACAAUGCUGGAGGCUGUGGGGAACCUUUCAGAUGACAUGAGACGCCACUUCCGUAUGAAGCUGCGAAACCUCUUCAUCAAGUUCAUCCGCAAGUUUGGCUUCGAGUUGGUGAAGGGGCUGCUGCCAGCUGAGUACCAUAAGGUGCUGGUGAAUAUCCGGAAGGCGGAAGCCCGGAAUCGCAAGCAGCGUGCCCUGAAGCAGGCGGCUGCGGAUGGGGAUGAGGAGGAGGCACCACCAGUACAGGUCAAAGGAGACAGCAUGGAGGAGAUCCUGGCUGACUCAGAGGAUGAAGAGGCGGAAGAAGAGGAACGACAGUGGAGCAAGGAAUGGAGGAAGCAAGCACGGCAGAAGGGCCAAGCCUGGCUGAAGGAAGGGGAAGAGGAUGAGCCACUCAAUUUCCUGGACCCCAAUGUGUCCCAGCGUGUGCUGGCCACCAAGCCAGGCCCCAAGAGGUCCAGAGGAGUGAGCCACGACUUCCAGGUGUCUGAGGAUGGACGCCUGAUCAUCCGUGAAGAAGAAGAGGAGAUGGAUGAUGAUGAAGCUAAAGGAGCAGAUGAAGAGAUGGAAGAUGUGCUGCAAGAUGUGGGUCUCCGCAGUAAGAAAAGCCAGAAGCGUCGGUUCAGAGAGGAGCCAGAUGAUGAGGAAGCUGAGGCUGGAACUUACUCUCGGUACAGAGCUGGAGGCUCUGGGAUCCACCGGCAGCUGAACAAGGAGCCAGCCUUCGGUGCAGAGUACAGAUCCAAGAAAGGCAAAGGUGAUGUGAAGAAGAAGGGCCAGCUUGACCCCUAUGCCUACAUUCCCCUGAACAGAGCUAAACUCAACAGAAGGAAGCGGGCAAAAAUGCAGGGCCAGUUCAAGGGCCUGAUGAAGGGAGCCCAGCGGGGAGCCAAGGCAGGCCGCAGGAACCGUCUGAAGGCCCAGCGCUCCUGAGGAGCCUCAGGUGCUUGGCCUGCUCCUACCCGAGGA